AUGGAAAAUAAUACUACCUCAAGCAAGCUUUACUCAACUUCGACUCCUCACGAGAAAGUCGAGUCUGAUCUUGUAGAGCAAAAUAUUCCUCAAAAGCCGUCGAAAUUGCAGUCCUUAAGAAUGGCCUUGGCGAAAUCGCGCGACUCUUUAAUUAAGGUUCAACCUCAACAGUGGGACGCAAAUCGAGACAAGAAUGAAUCGAAAAUUAUGUUUGAAAAGGUUGUACGAAGGCUGCGGUCGCAACGAUUGCAAAAUCAAAAUUCUUCACGAAUAUCAACAGAUACUGCUGCUAUUUUAUCUGUAUAUUUUGCAUCUCGUUCUCGGCAUUUUUUUUGUUCACAUUGUCCGAUUGAUCCGGAUUUCUCUCCCCCUCGAUCAAAUUUUACGUCAAAUAUAAAUAACGUUAUUGAUGAUGAUCAGCGAUUAGUUCAUUCUCUUAAGCCCUUUAUUUAUUCGUUUUUUUCGACAUCACCUUUUGUAAGCCUAUUUUCAUAUAGCAUUGGAUGUGAAAGUUCAACAGAGAAUAUUGACAGUACGAAAAUAAAUCAUUUAUCACAUAAUGAUACAGAGGAUAUAGAUUUAUCCACAAUAAUACGUACUAAACAAAAUAUCAUUAACAAUAAUGUUACUCGAAAAGUCACAUCAGCAUCAAGACCAAUUAUAUCGCAAAAUGAAAAUUAUGUAAAUUCAUCUCAAUCAAUAAAGGAUCCAAUUUUAUCACACUCAGAUCGUAAGGAUAAUAAUAAUACUUCAUUAUUAGAUGGUAACGAGGAACAAUUAUUAAACCAAUUAAGUUUAAAAAUAUUAACACUGCCACUUCUUCGUCAAGCUAUUAUAAGUACAUAUCAUCAAAGUGAUUCAAUUGAAUAUAAUGAAUCAAAAAUUAUGAAACAAGGAUAUUUUAUUUUUAAAGAUUAUAUUGAAGGAAAAAGAGAUAAAUCAAAAUCAUUUGGGAAACAACGACAAUCCGGUGUUAUUCGUGGGAAUCCCAAGUUUUUACUUAACACUAUAAAAACGGUAUUUUCAUCUCGUGAGUCUUUGGAUCAGAGUUUCAUGGAAACCACAACACAAUAUUCACAUCCAUCAAAAAUUGAUUUCGGAUCUUUAAGAACAUCAUAUAAAUUAAUUCUAGAUCUUCGCCCUCAUGAAUUAUUUGCAUCAACCUUAUCAAAUGCCCUUGAAGUUCUAUUGGCUAGAAUUGAAAUGGAUCCUCAUAUAUUAGAAAGAGACGAAGGUUCAUUAAGACAAUUAUUCAUUAUAAUGGAAUGUCCUUUAUUAGCAAUGUCUGGUGGAAACGUUAAUCUUUCUGUGACCCUUGUUAAAAGAUUAGUGAGAAUAUUAGGAAAUAUAGCUGAUUUACGAGGAAAAGCUCAAAAUAGAUUAAUUGGAUUGUUUUCGAAAUAUGAUGUAGAAGGUUUUAGUAAUAUUAUUCAUAUUCUUCAUCGUUACCUUGAUGAUCAUUAUCACCCUCCUCCUGCUUUAGUCUCGCAAGAAGUGGUUGCAACGGUCAAAACGUUGGCUAUGCUAUCAAAUGAAAAAGCUGAACCAAGAACGAUUGUUCCUUAUACUUUGUUUUAUAACAUAUGUAUGUGUGAAAAAUUGAAUAUCAAAGAAGAAUAUAAAAAUUGGCGUAAAUCGUUGGAGGAAAGUAGCUUGCGAUUAACCCCUAACCGACCAUUUUCGUUUUUGAAUUAUCCAAUAUUGUUUGAUCCUGUCGUUAAAUCUCAUCUAAGCAGAAUUGAUGCUUUGUGUCAAAUGGCACUUAAUUAUGAGGAUUCAUGUGUGCAUCAUACAUUUUAUGUACAAUCACAACGAUAUCUUACUGAUAAUAAUCAGGUUUUUCGUGCACUUCAAGAAAGAACCAUACCAGGACUUUAUUUUGAGGUACGCCGUGAAUAUUUGGUAAAGGAUGCGUUAGAUCAAUUGAUUGUAAAACAACUUGAUCUAAAAAAACCACUGAGGGUUAAAUUCAUUAGCGGAGAGGAAGAAGCUCAAGACCAAGGUGGUAUUCAAAGAGAAUUUUUCCAAGUUCUUUUGGAGAAACUUUUAGAUCCUGAUGCUGGUAUGUUUUUGUACGAUGAACAAACAAGAUAUCAUUGGAUUAAUGGUGCAUCAUUGGAAAAUGAACGAAAAUUUGAACUUGUCGGCAUCACUUUGGGGGUGGCAUUAUUCAAUGGAAUUUUGGUGGAUAUAAAUUUACCGAGAAUUUUGUAUAAAAAGUUAUUGAAUUACUCUAUUAACCUGGACGAUAUGAAAGAAGGAUUUCCGGAUCUAAGUAGAGGCUUAGAAAAAAUGCUUACCUGGGAGGAUGGAGACGUUUAUGACGUAUUUCUUCGUCAUUUUGAAAUUUCAUAUGAUGUGUACGGUGAGGAUCGUGUAUUCCCACUCAUAGAUGGGGGAAGUCAUAUAAAAGUGACAAACAAAAAUCGUAAAGAGUAUGUAGAAAAUUAUAUCAAUCAUUUUACCAAUAAGUAUAUAGAGAAACAAUUUAAUGCAUUAAAAAGAGGAUUUUUGAGGAUGAGUGAUGGAAUAGUUCCAAAGUUAUGUCGGGCUGAAGAAUUGGAGUUACUUAUUUGUGGAAAUAGAGUUCUCGACUUUAAAGAAUUAGAAAAAACUGUAAGAUAUGAAGGUGGUUUUGAUAGGAAUCACCAUACAAUAAAGAAUUUUUGGUCUGUAGUUCAUAAUUUUUCUCAUCAACAAAAAAAGCAAAUAUUAGCAUUUGUUACUGCUAGUGAUCGUGUUCCAAUUAGAGGAUACAGCGAUAUGUCAUUCACCAUUCAAAAAAAUGGACCCGAUUCUGACAGAUUACCAACUGCUCAAACAUGCUUCGGUGUUCUGUUACUUCCUGAUUACAAUACAAAAGCGAAACUCCGGGAUCGACUUCUAGUUGCAAUACAAAAUGGAAGAGGUUUUGGUUUCGCGUAA